AUGGUUAUCGGUAACUAAAGUGUAAUUGGAGGCUUCUCCCAAGUAGUCUCUGAUUAAGUAAAAGGUCAAGGUAUAAUCUCCUCCUAAGGAGUUUUCAAAGAGUGUUAAGUCUCGUCAGGGGCAGGGACUGGGACUUUUUCUGCCAACAAAGAUGGCAAUCCCAUGUUCAUCCCUUAAUGA